AUGUCCAGACACGACCACCAAUCGCUUCCUCCAGAGCUGUGGUUGACUAUAAUUCGCUGGGCGACUUAUGCACCGCUGGGUCUCGACCUACCAAACUUCGAGCCAUUUUAUGGAUCUUCUGAUCAUGACAGUCAGGGAGAGGCGGAUGCCAAGGCUGUCAAGUGUGCAGUGGUUCAAGUGUGCAAGCUAUGGCGAGACCUUGCCCUCGGCAUUCUGUAUGAGGAUGUCAAGGUCGGACGUGGGGUACAAUCCCUCGUAGAGGUAUUGGGGAAGACAUACAAUGAUGAACCGCUUGGAAGAUGUGUCCGCCGCCUUGAACUUCCUUACCAUCACACUGCUACUAUAACCAACACUAGCUCGGAUCUCGCACUGCAGAUUCUGCAACAAUGCCCGGAAUUGGAAACAUUGGUGAGGCCCUUCAUGCAGGGAUCUCCAGAUACAGUACGCUACGAAUUCCCUAUUCGCAGCCACUCCUUCUUGAACCUCAAGAGGCUCGAGUGGUGGCACUACAAUGAUGCUACUCGCUCCGGGGGAAUAAACUCGCUCCUAGACGUUCUACGUCACUCCCCGAAUCUCCAGUAUCUCGUUUUAGGAGGGGAGAUGCGGACUUACACCCAAACUGGCAAUGCACUAGAGCUCCCAGCAUUGAAGACACUUCGUUUAAGACGCAUGAAUCCUCUCUUCGUCCGUCAGAUCUGCCAAUGGCGGCUACCUUCACUUGUCCAUGUUGUUGUAGAUUUCCCACUGGAACAUAACACACUCGACACCAUAUGGCAGGUGUUUGGCGCUCGUCUCUGCACAGUCGAAUUCGCAAGGCAUGUCGGGUUCUUGCUCAGUGAUCAGAUCACCCGUUUCCUACAUGGUUGUCCUCAAGUCAAGGCAUUCAAUUACUUUCUUAACUUCACAUCAUCGCCACCUAUUUUCGAACAACCUUGCGCCCUUGAAUGCAUAUCUUUGCACGCAUUUCCAUGUGGCAUGAUUACAGACAUGAUCACUGAAGCCCAAGAGCGCCUUACGCUACACCUCGCCUUCCUCUCCAGAUCAUCCUUUCCAGCGCUGCGCCGUAUAAUUCUUUAUGGCGAUUGGGAAGAAUUGCUCCGUGAUCCUCGCUUCGUGCAAUUCAGGCAAACCAUGAUUUCCAGAGGCUGCUCGAUCGAACGUGCCACUGGGGACAUGCAUUCCUGCGAUCAAACAUUAAGCGUCUGA